UCUGUGUCUUUAAAGGCUCGCUCGGCCCGGGUUUCAUUUCGCGAGAUUUGCUUGGCGCCGUGACCCCAUGUGAGACACCCUCCCUCCCGCAACAAACAGCCUCUUCUGCGGAGCGCCUCGCCAUGGACCUCUGAGCACUUUCGUUUUUUGUUUCCCUUCUCCCCCCUUCCAUCCCCACAAUUGCUUUUGUUUAAUUUAAGAUUUGCGAAGUCAAGAGAGUUUUGCUCGAGAUACGCGCCCAAGUCGGCCGCCGGAACGAUGUGGAUUCAAGUCCGGACCAUAGACGGGAAAGAGACGCGGACCAUUGAGGAUCUUUCCAGAUUGACCAAAAUUGAGUGCUUGAGGCUGAAAAUCAAAGAGAUCUUCGAUGUGAACCCGGAACACCAGCGGCUGUUCUACAGAGGGAAGCAGAUGGAAGAUGGCCAGACGCUGUUUGAUUACAACGUGGGCCUGAAUGACAUUGUGCAGCUGCUCAUCCGCUCGCAAACCGACCCUCCUGACAGCCCCAACCCUAAAGACUAUGAGGGUAUGGCGUGUAGCUCGGUGACACCUGUCGGUACAACGGCCACCACCAACAAUGGGGCAAAGUCGUCCAGUCCACUGCUCGACAAUCAGCCAUCAACCUCUUCCCGCUCAUUUCUUAUAGAUCCAGGCAUUGGCGCAUUCAAGAUUCAUGAGCUGGUGGACUGCAGGGACAUCAGCAUUGGCGCCUGGUUUGAGGCCAGCAUAGAGAAUGUGAGCCGCGUUUCGAAGGGACAGAAUGGCAAAGCCCCGGUCGCGGGACAGAGCGGGAAGCCAGGGAAAAGGACUAGCGGCAAACAGGACGUGGAACAAGGCCUCUCCGUCACGGACAAUAACGGGAAUGUCCUGUUGCACUCGGACCGCGGGCCCUCCACCUCUCUCACGGACUUCACAGACACUGAGGAGAUCAUUUAUCAUAUCAAAUACGACGACUACCCGGAAAACGGCGUGGUGGAGAUGUGCUCGGAGGACGUCCGGCCCCGCGCUCGAACCGUGCUCAAGUGGGAGCAGCUGGAGGUGGGCCAGGUCAUCAUGGUGAACUACAACAUUGAAAUGCCUGAGGAAAGAGGUUUUUGGUACGACGCAGAGAUCACAUCUCUUAAAGAGUUGUCCAGGACCAGCAAGGAGGUUCGCGUGAAACUCUUGCUAGGGGGCCCAGGUGAUGUCAUUGGGGACUGUAAAGUCCUCUUUGUGGAUGAGAUUUACAAGAUUGAGAAGAAAGGAGCACCCCCCUUGUCAGCAAUAGAUGGGCAAUUCAAACGGAAGAGCGGGCCAGAGUGUAAGCACUGCAAAGCUGACCCGGAGUCGGAGUGUCGCUUCUGCUCAUGCUGUGUAUGUGGCGGAAAGCAGGACGCCAGCAUGCAGCUGCUGUGCGACGAGUGCAACAUGGCCUUCCACAUCUACUGCCUGAACCCGCCGCUCGCCACCAUCCCUGAAGAUGAGGAUUGGUACUGCCCAACCUGCAAAAACGAUACUAGCGAGGUCGUGCAAGCAGGUGAGAAGCUGAAGGCCAGCAAGAAGAAGGCCAAGAUGCCUUCAGCGCACACAGAGAGCCAGCGUGACUGGGGCAAGGGAAUGGCCUGUGUAGGCCGUACCAAGGAGUGUACUAUCGUUCCCUCGAACCACUAUGGGCCCAUACCAGGAAUUCCUGUGGGAACAACGUGGAAGUUUCGUGUGCAGGUCAGCGAGGCAGGUGUCCACCGGCCCCACGUUGGUGGGAUCCACGGGCGCAGCAAUGAUGGUUCCUACUCCCUGGUUCUGGCUGGUGGCUUCGAGGAUGAAGUGGACAGAGGUGAUGAGUUCACAUAUACUGGCAGUGGGGGCCGUGACCUUUCAGGGAACAAGCGCAUCGGCGAGCACUCCUUCGACCAGACCUUGACUCACAUGAACAGGGCGCUGGCUCUCAACUGUGAUGCCCCGCUGAACGACAAGGACGGAGCAGAAUCCAGAAACUGGCGGGCGGGGAAGCCAGUGCGGGUAGUACGCAGCUCGAAGGGCCGACGCAUCAGCAAGUACGCCCCGGAGGAGGGAAAUCGAUAUGACGGAAUCUACAAGGUAGUGAAGUACUGGCCUGAAAUCGGGAAAUGUGGCUUCCUGGUGUGGCGCUACUUACUGAGACGGGACGACCUGGAGCCGGCGCCCUGGACGACGGAGGGGGCUGAGCGUAUCAAGAAGCUGGGCCUUUCUGUCCAGUAUCCGCCUGGCUACCUGGAGGCCAUGGCUAACAAGAAUAAGAAAGAGGCCAGCGCUCGGGGUGGUGUCCGAGGGAGGAGGCACUCUGGGAGGGGGCGACCUCGGUUGGCACAGGAGAAGAAGACGACGAGAGUUAAGAAGGAGGUGGGAGAGGAGGAGCAGGAAGAAGGGCGAGAUGGAGAACCCCAGAGCAAUGGUGGACAGAAAGUGUCCAAUGAGACAGAGGUGGCACAGGAGGAGCCCCCGGCAAAGCGGUCCAAAGCGGUGGAGCCGUUCCAACUGUCCGAACAGCAGCGGGCUCUGAUUCGAGAGGAUGAGCUGAACAAGAAGCUUUGGGAAGAGGCGAUGAGCUACCUGGUGGAGGGACCUAACUUCCUGAGGAAGGUGGAGCAGAUCUUCAUGUGCGUGUGCUGCCAGGAGCUGGCGUUUCAGCCCGUCACCACUGUGUGUCUACACAAUGUUUGCAAGACUUGCCUGCAGAGGUCGUUUCGCGCAGAGGUGUACAGCUGUCCGGCAUGCCGCCACGACCUGGGCAAGGACUACGUCAUGGUUCUCAACAAAACACUACAGAUGCUGCUGGAUCAGUUCUUUCCAGGAUACAGCAAGGGCCGAUGAGCCAACACCGAACACAGACGUUCGUGCGCACAUACACACAAACAUAAUCAGGCACAUGCAGCCGCAAAGAAGUACAUGCCUUGAAACUUUCACGCACACACGCACACACACGCAUGCAUAGACACACACGAAGACAGACACGCACACCAAACCACAGCGAUCCCCGCACACCAACAAGACACACAGCCUUCCUCUCCUGUCACCGGGGGCUGACCAUCUUUCAGCUUUGGACUACACCAGCCUCCUGAUUCUUUUCGGUCCCCGCAGAGCACCCUCCUCACCGCUGUGUGUUCUGCGCCCCCUCCCCCACCCCUCCUCUAAAGACUGGACUUGUUUGACCUGCACUGUGCAGCCUCAUGCACCUGCCUGUCCAAGUGAAGCUGAAUGAUGUUCUCAGCAUCCCAUAACAGGCCAUAACACUUGGAUGAGGAUGGGCUCUCGAUUCCCAUUCCACAGGUCAGCAUCCCCUCCCGCCCCCAAUCACCCCUGUCUUUAAAUGUGUGUAUCUGGUCCAAAAACAUUCUUUUUAUUACUGUUUGUUGGCCCUCUUUUUGUGACGUUGAUAUUUUCUUUCGAACGAUAGACAUUUUUUUAAAAAAAAAAAAAAAAAAAAGAAAUGAAAAUGCAAAUGUUUUAACGAUUAUAUUGCUUCUGAAGCAGACUGUGAUGUGCGUUACCCCGUCUUACAGCUCUUAUUUCUUAACAGAUCGUACCUGUUUUUUCUGCGACUGGCAAGCUAAUAGUCUCCCUUUCUGUGAGCUUUACUGUGUCCUCGAUCUUGUACCCUCCAGUUCAGUACAGUACUAACAGUUUUAGUCACGUGGACGCUUCGCUCUUGCAUUCGUGUUGAGUGUUAUACAUUUUAUUGCACUUACUGAAAAAUACCGAAAAAGUCAUCUAAUUUCAAAA